AUGGAGACCCGUUCCCAUCGCUAUGAGAUUUCGAGGCCACAGCCGAUACCAGCUCCACCCCCUCCGCCGCCGCCGCUUCCUCCACCUCCUCAGCACCCACCAGCAUCGACAGCUCCACCAACCUCGCAGCAUGCGCCGACCCCCGACCCAACGCCAUGGUCGUUGUUUGCACGACCUCUCUCCGAUAUUCGGGAAUUGAGUGAGCCAAGCCUCAUGGACAAUGUCGUCAGACAUCCCAGCGCGCGUCGCGGACACGGACGGAAUGUGUCACGAGUAGGCUCUCAUCACAAGCGACAUGAAUCUCUGAGACGAGUGCCAUCCUUGAAAUCGACACAGCAGGUCGCAAAGCCCGUCAUCAGUGUAUUGCCUGCUCAGGACGGCGGCUCUUCGUCUUACAGCAGCACACCGGAACAGUUGAGUUUCUACAGCAUUCCUCAAACCAGCGUGCCUCGCAGGUCUUCCUCACAAAAGUACUUUGUACGACCACCGGGACACCAGACCCGAAGCGCUCCUGCGCGCUCAAAGCCCCCCUCAGAUCCGGAUCCUCCGUCAAACCUUUUCCACUCCAUUCCCAAUCGUGGCGCCAGUCAGUCGCCCGUGAAGGAGGCAGGUCUGAGGCUUGACCCCAUUACUUCCGAUACGGCCAGAAGGAUUCCCUCGCAGACCCACGUACGCAGUCCGCAUCCGUCAGACAUCUUCGAAUUUCCCUCAUACAAGCACCCGCGGGUAAAGUUGGAGUUGCAGCUGUCGGCUCCGUUGUUUGUCGGAGGAGGCAGCGUGGAAGGUUUCGUGCGUGUUACCGUGGACGACAAUGAGCGGGCUAUCAUGCAUCGUCGCUCGCUCAGCAUUGGCGCUGUCUCUGUUGACUUACUGGGCUUCGAGGAGGUGGACGGAACUCGCAGAGCAACCUUCUUGGCACUCGGAACAGAACUGGUCGAUCCAAACCAUCCGCCGCCGCCUAGCAUGAUUCAGCCGGCAAAUCCGCUCUUCGCCGAUGAUAAGUUCUGGUCGUUGACACCGUCUUGUACGGCUCUUCCAUUUAUGAUUAGCCUACCACUCGACACUGGACCGCCUCCGUUUCAAUCGAAACAUGCCAAAAUUCGCUAUUUGCUUUCUGUGACAACGUUCCUUCGGGACUCUGGGAAGCAUUACCGGGUCAGAACGUCACAGGAUGUCCACGUACUGCCGACCUACGAUCCAGAAAAGGCACUCACGUCUUUGACCAGCCCACUCGUAGCAUCUGAUGAACUCCCUCUCCCGCGAAGCACCGGCCUCGAAAGCAUCAAAGUUACUGCUGGUCUUCAUCGUCAGGUUUGGGUGAGCGGCAGCAGUAUCUUCGUGGACGUGCACAUAUCGAACAGGUCUCAAAAGCCUGUCAAAAGACUUGAACUUAUGCUCGAGCGAGACAUCUUGCGCUACAAACAUGCAGCAGCAGCCACGAUGGAGAAGUCAGCAAGUCAGGCGCGCAUCUUCGAGAGCAACGACCAGACGAUCCUGGCGAGGAGUUGCUUCAAGCCAGGUUCCAUCGGAUGGCAUGGAGUGGAUCCACACACUUCUGAUACUCGAACGUGCGAGCUCGAAUUGGCCCGUGGCCAUGCUACUGUGCGCUGUGGCAAGUAUUUCGAGGUGCGAUACUUUCUCAACGUGACGGCAUCCUUGUCCAACUCCAAGAUCGUAUCUGUACAACUGCCUAUCAUACUGAUUCACAUGAACUCGCUGGACGUGGUUCCGAACUCGGUCGCACAGGUUGCUGCCGCCAUUGAAGAGAAGCGCGCUCAUCGCCAAGUCAGUCACUCGCGUUCACGCAGAGCAGACGGCGCGCACUCUCGCCGGCGUUCCGUCUCAUCGCCCGCGCGAACCAGCGGUCUACCAAGGCAACCUCUCUACGCUCCGGGCCGUGCAUUUGCCGCACCACGUCAGCAGUCUCUGGAUCGCCAGCGAGAACAUCGUGCAGACAUUGCAGAGCUUCAGCAGAUCUUGGAUGCCUCACCGCGCCGAAAUGCGCCUUUGCGAGGCAUCUCGAUCCGGAAGAUGGGGAGUGAUGUCAGCCUGGGGACUCUGCGGCUCGCCAGCCCGAGUACGGAGAGUCUUGGUGUCCUGGGUGCGAUGUCGUACCAGACUCCACCUCCCAAUCCACAAGCGCGGGUCUUUGCGAACGACGAGAGCGAAAGUCUCGGCUCCCGGCGCCGAAGGAUGGGAAGCUUUGGAUCCAAUCGGAGUAAAAAGUCGACGGGCACGACGAGGUCCAAGUCCGUGAAUGGUGGGCGAGGGGGAGGCGAGAAGGUCAAGCCACCGCCCAAGAUGAUGAUGGUGUCGUCUGAUCGGCGACAUCAACUCAUGCUUCCGCCGCACGCACUGGGCCUCACGAGCACGACGCGGAAGGUCGGUAUGGACGAGCCGACGGAGCGAUCGGCGACGGCCACUGGCUUCCGGGAGAAGCUGGAUCGGAGCAGAUUUGAAUUCAAGGCUGUACGGAGGAAGGCGAGUGGGAGUCUGAAGGAGAGGAGUAUGAAUUGGUGGGAGCAGAGGAAGAAUCAUGGCCACAAAGAGCGGGAACGGGAGAAGGAUGGGAUGAGUUGGAUAUAG